AAGAAACGUCAAUCAGGCUUUGGUUUGUUUUGUAAACAGAAGUUCCAUUUGCCGCGCAGCGUUUUGCGGAAAUUUCUACUAGAAUCCUUCUUAUUUAGCUUUUACAAUGCUACCACUAUCUCUACUCAAAACGGCACAGAGUCAUCCUAUGUUGGUGGAGUUAAAGAAUGGCGAAACAUACAACGGACACCUGGUGAGCUGUGACACCUGGAUGAAUAUUAAUCUGCGGGAGGUCAUCUGCACUUCAAAGGAUGGUGAUAAGUUUUGGCGCAUGCCGGAAUGCUACAUCCGGGGCAGCACGAUCAAGUAUCUCCGCAUACCGGAUGAAGUGAUCGACAUGGUGAAGGAGGACAUGCAGUCGAAGUCGCGCAGCCGCGCCGACAUGAACAAGGGCGGCCGGAACCAGAACCAGGGCGGCCGCGGAGGCGGCGGUGGCAUGGGUGGUGGCGGUGGCGGUGGCGGCGGCGGUGGGCGAAACAAUAUGAACGCCAACAAUCGCAACACCUUCGGCGGCAACCGCGGCGGCAAUCGGGCCGGACUGGGCAACCCGAACCGAAACGCACCGAACAAGAAGUAAUAAUAAAGUCGACUCAAUCGCGCUUGGAAUUGGUUUAGUCUCGUGAA